AUGACCAAAGACGCAAGAAAGGAAAUAAAAUCUGUUGCCAUAAUCGGCGCUGGAGUCGCGGGUCUGACCUCGCUAUUUGAACUCCUCAAUACUCGCAAGGAUGGAACUACCAAUUUAGCUUACAGCUCUGACGGGAAAUUUGACGAAGCCAACACGAAUGAAAACAAAAAUCCUGCAUUCCAAAAAAUCGUAGGUUUCGAAUUAAAAAGCUCAAUUGGCGGAAUUUGGUCCCCCAAUUUCGAUACCCCUGAUUUCAUCGAGCAAAAAGACUUGGAUUCUGAACGUUACGAUGACCCUCUGUUUUUGAGACCUCCGACUGAAGCCCCCUCUGAGCUCUACAACAGAGGGUACACUUUUUCUGAGCCAUUGAUUACUGAGAGACCUGAUACCCCAAGUCCGAAAACCUGGGCAGCGAGUGGCAUCUAUCAGCACCUUUAUUCUAACGUUCCGCAAAGAUACCUCCGCAAUUCCUUUAUUCCAUAUAGUGAGAAUCAGGAAAAACAAAAUUCAAACAUUGCACCAUUAAUUACCAAUUACUCUAUCACUGAGAGCCUCUUAGACUUCGCCAAAACACAUCGGCUUGAAAAACAUAUAAGAGUCAACUCCGAAGUAGUGAAAAUAAAAAAGGUCAGCAAUGGAUCGUGGAGACUAACAGUGAAAGAGAAUCCGAAAAACAGUAGCUUAACCCGUUGGUAUGAAGAAGACUUCGAUGCAGUCUUGGUGAGCAAUGGCCACUAUUCAAUUCCUUAUAUUCCAAGAAUUGAGGGGUUGUCAAAGUGGGUGGCUCGAUACAGGGAUUCGGUGUUGCAUUCAAAGAGCUUUAGAGAGUUUGAUAAAUUUAAAAACAAGAGGUGUCUUUUUGUUGGGACAGGCUUAAGCGGAAUUGACAUACUACAAUAUGUUUUCCCAGUCGCCAAAGAGGUCAUAGUGUCCAGAACUCCUGAUAAGGAGGAAAUAUAUCCUUGGUUGACAAAAGCUGCAACUUCAGAAGGCCUUAUAAAGAAGCCCAGGAUUAAAGAGCUCCGGCCAUCAGAAAACCGCAAGGUAAUUUUUCAAGAUGGCUCUAUUGUAGAAGGUGUUGACCAUAUCAUAUUCUCGACUGGAUAUCACUGGCAUUAUCCAUUUUUGAAUGAGGGAGUAUCGGGCUUAAGUGUUAUAAAAUCGGGCCAGAAAGUUCUAAAGGACUCUGCCUCCAUGGUAGACGGCUUAUUCCUUGAUACUUUUAGUAUUGAUGACCCAAGUCUCGCAUUUGUGGGUGUCACAGUUACGCCUUUGAAAUGGCCUAGUUUUGAACUUACUGCCUCAGCCAUAGCAGGUGUUUGGGCCAAUGCUUCUUCUCUUCCCUCAAAAGACAGCCAGCUGAGUGCCAUCAGCCAAAGGAAAAAGGAAAUGGGAGAGAACCUUCUUUUCCAUUACUUCCCUCCCAUGCACAUUAAAGAGCUCAUGGCCAGGCUCGAACAUUUCUUACCCAAAGGAAGAAAAGCUGCGGAUAUAAUAGAUUUGAAGCAUCUAUCAGAUUUCGAGAAGGCGGCUGAAGUUGCUGAGCGACUCUUUUAUCUGCUCAAAAAUGAAGAAAUCGAGCUGAGCGAAACAUUAUGA